UCAGCCUGCGGUUUCAGACCUCGGGGCGGCUAGCAGCAGUUAAACUUGACUUUUCGGGCUUCUCUCCGUCUAUUUGUUCUCUGAGCGGCUCCUCCUGGUUCCGUUCAACCCGGAGAAGAAGCGCCCAGCUCGGUUCUGCGUCUGUCCUCCUCCAGCCGUCCAGCGCCGCUUCACGGAGAAGUUCAACCAGCAGCUCGGCAGCAGAAAUAGGUCACAGCCGCUUGUUGACGGCGCACUUCGGUUGGUUUCCUCCCGCCGGUUCCUCCAGCGGCUCCGCAGACUUUAACCAUGGUUCUCCUGAAAAACCUCCACCCGCCCACCGAGGGAGUCCGGCACGAGCAGGCCGAGACCACGGCGGUGAUGGACGGACAGAGGCUCGGCUGCGGCACGUUGUACGUGGCCGAAACGCGCCUGUCGUGGUUUGACGGGUCAGGUUUGGGUUUCUGUCUGGAGUAUCCCACCAUCGGCCUCCACGCCAUCUCCAGAGACGUCAGCGCCUACCCUCAGGAGCAUCUGUACGUCAUGGUCAACGGCAAGCUCAGCGAUGAGAACGAAGCAGAAAUGGCAGAAAAAGCAGCGGAUGAUGACGACGGAGACGACGACGGCAGCGACGGCAGCGACGGCGAUGACGACGGUGAUGAAGGAACCAUCACAGAGAUCCGGUUUGUUCCCAGCGACAAGGCGUCAUUGGAGUCCAUGUUCUCGGCCAUGUGCGAGUGUCAGGCUCUGCAUCCGGACCCCGAAGACGACGACUCCGACAACGACUUCGAGGGAGAAGAAUACGACGUGGAGGAAGCCGAGGCAGAGCACGGCCACGCCGACAUCCCGACCUUCUACACCUGUGACGAGGGCCUGUCGGCGCUGACCCAGGAGGGCCAGGCCACGCUGGAGAGGCUGGAGGGGAUGCUGGCCGAGUCUGUGGCCCAGCAGUACCACAUGGCCGGGGUCCGGACCGAGGAGACCAAGGCCGAGUUCGAAGAUGGGAUGGAGGUGGAUGCAGCAGCGAUGGAGGCCGGACAGUUUGAGGACGCCGACGUGGAACACUGAUGGAAGCGAUCGGAGCUCCAGUGUGGCAUCGUGGGACUGAAGAGAAGAACAGCAGCACUUCUUUACUCGCCUCCUCUUUCUGUUUUCCUGUCAGACCGUUUCCCGUUAGGAAGUCCUGAGCGCCUCCUGAGCGCCUCCUGCUCCCGUGUGUCGCCUUGCAGCUGCUGUGUCACGUCGUGUCGUCGCUGAAUGUUCUGUGACGCAGCUCAGAUCUUCCUGUUAACUCCAAUAACAACGUUCCUGCUUCUGUUUUGUACCUAAAGACCAAUUUAAUAUCGGACUUUUCUGCAGAGAGUCGACGUCUUUGUAUGAAAUUGUCAAUAAAUGCAUAGUUUUUGUAUCAGUU